UCGCCUUGUUUCACUCUCUGACAUUAAAAUUACGGAAUUACCCUUAUCGUAUUCUUCUUCUUCUUCAAAACUAUCCUUCCAGAAACACUCACACACAACACUGUCUCCACUACAAACAUACCAUAAAAUAAACAAAUUAAAUUAAAAUAAAUAAAAUAACCUGAGGCGGUUUCCGGCAGCGGAGCGAUGGCGGUAUUAUCGGAGAUAAACGACGGCGACGAGGAGAAAGAGCUGGACGAGGAGCCCGGCGAGGUGAUCGAAUCGGCGCCGCCGCAGAAGGUCGGCGAAGAGAGGGAACUCGGUAACUAUGGACUGAAGAAGAAGCUCAUCAAGCGCGGAAUCGGUUGGGAAACUCCUGAGCUCAACGAUGAAGUCACUGUGCACUAUGUUGGGACUUUGGAAGAUGGAACCAAGUUUGAUUCCAGUAGGGAUAAAGAUCAACCUAUAAAGUUCACUCUUGGUCAAGGUGAACUGGCUGCUGGAUUGGAUCAUGGAAUAAUCACCAUGAAGAAGGGGGAGGUAGCUUUGUUCACAAUACCUGAUGAGUCGGGUGUUUCAUCGGCCAACUCCAAGCAGUUUGAGGUGGAGCUCAUUUCGUGGAUCAAAGUGGUGGAUGUUUGCAGAGAUGGUGGGAUUAUCAAGAAAAUUAUGGAGAAGGGGGUUGGGGAUGAGCGACCCCGUGAUCCAGAUGAAGUCCUUGUGAAGUAUCGGAUGGCACUAGCUGAUGAUACUAUUGUUGCUGAAACACCAGAAGGAGGAGUUGAAUUUCAUGUUAAGGAUGGUCAUCUUCUUCCGGGAUUGCCAAGAGUAAUCAUGACUAUGACAAAGGGAGAGAAGGCUCAAUUAAUUGUUCAACCCCACUAUGCUUUUGGAGAGAAGGGGAGUGAAGCUAGCAAUGGAGUACAUUCUGUUCCACCAAAUUCAGUGCUGCAUGUUAAUAUUGAAUUGGUUUCUUUCAAGCCUGUCAUAGAUGUUACUGGUGACUCCAAGGUGCUUAAGAAAAUUUUGAAAGAAGGAGAGGGUGCUUCCACAGCAAAUGAGGGUGCAAAUGUUACAGUCAGUUACACAGCAAAGCUAGAAGAUGGAACUGUAUUUGAGAAAAGAGGAAUCGAUGAAACUCCUCCUUUGGAAUUUAUAACUGAUGAAGAACAAGUGAUUGUUGGUCUAGAUCGAGCAGUGGUAACUAUGAAGAAGGGUGAGAGAGCCAUAAUUAGCAUACAUCCUGAUUAUGCAUUUGGAGAUGUUGAAGUAAAACGGGACUUCGCCAUGGUUCCACCAAGCUCACGUGUAGUCUAUGAUGUUGAAAUGAAAAAUUUCAUUAAGGAGAAAGCACCAUGGGAAUUGAAAAGUAACGAGAAAAUUGAUACAGCUAAAAGGAAGAAAGAAGAAGGCAAUAUGCUAUUUAAAUGUUGCAAGUAUGAGCGGGCAGCCAAGAAGUAUGAUAAGGCUGCUGAUUAUGUUAGUGAAGAUGGAUCGUUUGGGGAUGAUGAGGAAAAACAAGCUAAAGCACUAAGAGUGUCAUGCUGGUUGAAUGGUGCAGCUUGUUGCCUUAAACUUAACGACUUUCCUGGAGCAAUCAAGUUAUGUUCACAGGUGCUUGAUGUUGAGAUUUGCAACGUAAAAGCUUUAUACAGACGAGCGCAAGCAUAUAUAGAGACUGGAGAUUUUCUGUUGGCAGAUGUAGACAUCAAGAAAGCUCUUGAGGUGGACCCACAAAAUAGGGAGGUAAUGGUAAUGAAGAAGAAAUUAAAGCAACUUCAGGCUGAGAAUGAUAAGAAAUAUGCUAAGCUCUAUGAAAAUAUGUUUGCGCAUAAAGAAAAGGACUCAUCUGUGGCAACAAAGAGAUUGAAGGUUGAAAAACAAGAGGACGAGAAGAAAAAUGAAGAGGCCACGAAGAUGGAAAUGGACAAAGUUGCGGAUAGUGCUGCUCCUUCUGUCGACGGUCUAAUUGUGGAUUCAUAAUGAUAUUUAUGAUAUUCACAUGUAUAGUUCUUACAAAAUUUUUUAUUGCAAUUCUAAUAUAAGUGGUAGAUGGAAUGCAAGAUUCCAAGUUCAAAUUAGAUGGAAGUUUUAGACUUAGUUGAUAUAGCAAACUCUAGUGAAACUAGAUUAAUUCACGAUCAUUUGUCUUGACUUCGUGCAUGUACUUGAGUGUGAGCAGUUCGAACUCUUUGAAUGUUAUUCAAGUGGGUUUAUAUGUCAUGAAGUGACCAAAUAAGGGUAAGGACUAAUAGCUGAAUAACAUUUAUAAGUUGGUUGAAUGAGCCAAA